CACGUUUCAUCCAAACAAGGGGAGUGUAUUGCUCGAAAUGUAUUUACGGUUUGCGUUGGGAUGUUUUGUAGCGAAUUAAACAUAAGCAGUCGUAGACCUGAUCCCAUCUGGUGUGAUGGCGGAGGAGCGGAUGAGAGAGCCAGCUGGUCUUGAUGGACUGCCACCAAUGUACAGCAUUCUGAAGGGAGAGGUCGUUUCUGUUACAACAUACGGUGCUUUUGUUAAGAUUCCAGGAUAUAGAAAACAAGGCCUUGUUCAUAAGAGUGAGAUGUCGUCCUGUCGGGUGGAUAACCCAGCUGAAAUUGUAGAUGUUGGGGAACAAGUGUGGAUAAAAGUCAUCGGCAGAGAGAUGAAAGAUGAUAAAGUAAAACUGUCCUUCUCUAUGAAGUCUGUCAAUCAAGGCACUGGGCGGGACCUAGACCCCAACAAUGUUAUGGCAGAGCAAGACGAACGACGCCGGAGACAGUUUAGAGAUCAUACUGAUCAGAGGAUCACGUUGGAGGCUGUGUUCAACACCACAUGCAAAAAGUGUGGCUGCAGAGGUCACUUUGCAAAGGACUGCUUCUCCCAGCCUGGACUGCAGUACAGUUUAGUGCCAGAAGAAGAGGAGGAGCAGCCGCCACCGACCAGUCAGCAAACCCAGUCAGAGCCCCAGAAACGUAAAAAGGAAAAGAAGGCAAAGAAAGAAAAGAAGAAGAAGAAAGAGAAAAGACACAGCUCUUCAUCUGAAAGCAGCGACGAAGAUGCCAAACGGCCACGGCAUUCACACUCACAUUCAGAAAAGAAGAAAAAACACAAGAAGCACAAACACAAGACAAAGUGAUCAUUUUGGUUUGCGAAACAGUUGAUAUGCAUGUACAUGCUUGUUUAAGAACAGGUUUUUUUGCAUGUGUAUCAAGAUCAAAUGUGUCAGAUCGAUUUUGGAAUGUCUGUUUUUGUUAUUAUUAAAAGUUUGACCCUUAAAAGU